AUGGGCAACAUGGGCGCACGCGCUUUCGGUCUGGAGAAGGCACCUCUCACCCUCGAGGACAGCAGCAAGAACACUGCGCACAUUGUCGAUAAUGCCACCAAGAAGGAGCAUUCUGAGCAAUUCUUCAACGAGACCAUUGACCGCCGCUACCCUUGGUGA